UCGAUCAAACGGUACAGUGCUCGAAAUGAACAAUGCAGUAGCAAGCCAGGGUAUUGAACUGAACACGGCAGUAGGUAACCGGGGUAUUGGACUGUUGGCGAGUGCUAUGGGAAAGAUGAAGACAUGGACAAUCGUUCCACCCUCUAUGGCAGCUGUAACCGUACUGAAACAUGGAGAUUGUGUAGCGACCAAAAUUAACCCCCAGCCGGAGGGAUACCAGGAGUUUUCCCGCGCGGAAGUGGCGGAGCAUUGUGAGAUCCACUCCUGCUGGAUCAUUGUUUCUGAUAAAGUCUACGAUGUUACUAACUUUACCUUCGAGCACCCGGGUGGUUUAGAUGUGAUAAUGGAGUAUGCGGGUAGCGACGCUACAGUGCCCUUCCUAGACAAAGGUCACAGCAAGGAUGCCAUCAUGCUAUUGUCAGAUUACUACAUCGGGGACUUAAUCAGGGAGGAUAGAAUUAUCAAAUGAAGACCUCGAGG